AAUGCAAGUUACUUCUACUUUUUCGAAACAAACUGUAAGCUACACAGAAAAGUGAUCGAAAUCAAGCAAGGCACAAAUUUCACAUUUUUAGUUUUCCGCAUAAAAUAAAUGCCAUGUUCCUUUAGGAGCAUCAGUCCAAGCUACUAGUGCGCUGUAGCAAGGAAUGAACUAAAAUGGUUACCGUGUUAACUAACUAGCUAGCUCGGGUGCAGCUGAGUGCGUGAUGGCAUGAGGCCCAACCCAACCUAAAGGGGCAAUCGGUGACUGCCUGAUGAUGAUGGAUGGCAAAUGAAAGAUGUUUAAUUAUUUUCUUACCUUGCCUGCAGUGCAGGCAUACCUUAACCACCACUGCACUACGUCUGAGGAUCCCGCAAAGUCAUUCCAAACUUGCCCCACUCAGCUGAACUGGACAGAUUGAAGCUAACAAGCAUCAUCCAUCCGUGCACUGUUGGCUAUACUCAAUCGUGCGCCAAAUAACAAAACACUCGGGAUGUUACAGGGAUUUGCUACUGGACUCAUGCUGAGCAUGUCUUUCUUUGACUUGGCUUAUGAUGCCGUCAAUGCGAUUGGUUUUCUGAAAGGAAACCUUUGGUUUUUUGCUGGAGCACUGCUAUUUUCAACAAUUGCUGAUGUUUUCCCUGAGCCAGAUUGCAAUUUGACAGAUCAAAAUGACAAACAGACGGUUGGUGACAGCAUAGCAGGAAAGCAACUUAUGAUGAGACACCGUCGAAGAGUGAUCUUUAGCGUAGUUGUCACAGCAAUUGUUGCCGGUGUGAGUUUGCAAAAUUUCCCCGUGGGUACAGCUGCAUUUAUUGGAACAACAAAGGGCUUCCGUGUUGGUUUGAAUUUGGCUCUUGCUAUAGCUCUACACUACAUUCCCGAGGGUAUUUCAGUAGCUCUCCCAGCGUACUUUGCCACUAGCAGCAAGUGGCAAGCCUUCAAACUAGCAACACUAUCGGGCUUUGCAGAGCCACUAGGUGUAAUUAUUGUGGCAUACAUAUUCCCAAGCAAUUUGAAUCCUGAAAUAUUGGAAGGUCUACUUGGAUUAGUGGGAGGAGUGAUGGCUUUUCUAACAUUGUAUGAAAUGCUACCAUUAGCAUUUGAAUAUGCUGGACGCAAGGAUGCUGUUAAAGCAGUAUUUGUUGGCAUGGCCUUUAUGUCAAUGAGCUUGUAUUUCCUAGAUGUUAGUCUCCCAAAGGAGACGAGUGCUUAUUAACAUGAUUUCCACAAAAACCAAUAGAUGCUAUGGUCAAGAGCAUUACAACAUGGGUGUCGCAAACAAGGUGUUGAUGGGAACUGGGAAGCGAUGUGCCUACGGUUCUACACCAUCAGAUGGUUUAGAAAUAAUCGAUAAUAUAAUGACGGCCAGUGGCAGAUCAGGGGUGGUUAUCAAUAUCCUUGUAGAUAUGUGGCCAUAAUUAUCAAGAAAAGAAGCACAAGCAGUUUAGAUAGAAGAUUGUAUAUAUUUUAAAAUAAUAUAUAUUAAUGGAAAUAAGUGGAGAUUGAUGCUUGAA